AACACUACACCAGCAUUUUGUACUCAAGCCACGCACAGAACGGAGAUAAAUGCUGAGAAGAAACAUGUUUUCAGUUCUUCUGAAGCCGUUGACAGCAAUCUGUACAUUAUUGCCACUGGUCACUUCAAUAAGAGUAUCUACGAAGUAUGGAGAUAUCGAAGGUGUCGUCGCUUCAUAUCCAAGAGUCUCGGGGCUCCGUUUUCAGUCUGUCAGCAAAUUCCUAGGCAUUCCUUUUGCUGCUCCACCGGUUGGUGAGCUUCGACUCAAACCACCUGUACCUCCAGUUGUUUGGAGACCGCACAUCCUUCCAACGAAAAAGCAUGGAAACAUUUGCAUGCAAAGCAGACAGUAUGAUUAUUGGUACAAAACGUUCGCUGAAAACUACUCUUACAGCGAGGAUUGCUUGUACCUCGACGUCUACUCCCCAAAUGUAAGCUCGAGUUUACCAGUCAUGGUUUACAUUUACGGUGGAAGCUUCACCAACGGUGCGGCUAUCACAUACCCGAGCGACAUUUUGGCUCUGCACGGGGUGGUAGUUGUGGUGAUUCAGUAUCGUCUCGGUCCGUUUGGUUUCUUGACGACCGGCGACUCUUCGGCUCCUGGGAAUUUUGCAAUGCUGGAUCAAGUCGAAGCACUGAAGUGGGUCCAGGACAACAUUGAGACUUUUGGCGGAAAUUCUACCGAGGUGACGAUAUUUGGAGAAAGCGCCGGCGCGGCGAGUGUGAGCCUUCAUUUACUUUCACCUCUUUCGAAGGGUCUCUUUCACCAAGCCAUUGUCGAAAGUGGGGUGGAUUUGAGUUCCUUCGCGACUCAGCCCGUUUCGUUUGGCCUUAACUUUGCCAAAGAACUUGCUCAAAAAUUAAAGUGCACUACAAACAGCUACAAAAAUAUGGUCUCUUGCAUCCGCUCGAAGAGUGCUGUGGAAAUGCAAAACGCUGCCGAAAUGUUAACGUUUAAGCUCACCGAUUAUCUUAUGUGGGCGCCGGUAGUAGACAACCAUUUCCUUCUCGCGGACCCACGAGAACUGCGUGAAAAAGGAGAGUUCAAGAAAGUCAAGUUAAUGAUCAGUUUCAUGAGCCACGAGGGUGCAUCGUAUCUUGGACCUGUCGCCAAAUGGUCUUUUGGACUACAGGAAAAUGUGGAAGACGGAGUCAGUCCAGCCUUUUUCAAGGAAUUCUUAAAGGCAUUCGCUCAUGUUAGCGUUACCGAGAAGAAGAAUGCUGACCUCAUCGCAGACGCGCUGGAGUUCAUGUACACCCCAUGGCCUGAUAAUAGUGACAAAUACGCACUAAGAAGUCAACUUGUAAACUCCAUCGGUGAUAAUGCGUUCGUCGCACCAAGUCACGAAGUCGCCGAUAUUCACAGCCAGUAUGCCGAGGUCUUCAUGUACGAGUUUGCGCACCGCUCAAAGAAUGGCAGCUACUAUGCUGAAUGGAUGGGCGUGGCACAUGGGGAGAACCUUCCAUUUGACUUCGGUAUCCCGAUGCUGCCGAAUUUUCCUGAAUAUGAUGAAGCCGAUAGAAACAUCAGUUUCUUUGUCAUGGCACUGUAUGCAAACUUCGCCAACUUCGGUAAUCCAACGCCGCAACCAGUCAGCGGUGUUAUGUGGGAUAAGUACAACUCAAGCCGCAGGGCCUAUCUCCGAGUGAACACCAAACCCAAGAUGGCGGCUUCGUUCGCUCCUCGUCGAAUGUCAUUUUGGAAUAAUUAUCAUCCCAAACUGAAAAAGACGAAUUUUGAUUUGAAGAGAGCCGUAGUCGGUGGAGUAAGCUCUAAUGUAGUUUUGGCAACAUAUCUCCAGCUUGGAGUUAUUAUCUGUGCAACAAUAGUCUGAAGUAACAAACAUGAUCUUAUCAUACCACUUAAGAUAUAUAUAUAUAUAUAUAUAUAUAUAUAUAUAUAU